AGGCUUGACACCAGCAUUCAGACAUCAAUUCUGCUUGCUUCACAGCCAGACAGGACACGGUAAAAAAAAAAUAAAUAAAAUAAAAAAAAAUUAUCCCUUGCGUGCAAUGAAUUAGGUAUGUACUGCCCCCUAUUGUCAGGCAAAAUACACAACGUCACUUUAAACAUGAUCUGCUCUGUUUAAUCUGCACCUUUGUGCUUAGAACAGAAAACCAUAGUAGAAUUUAUGAUAGUUGAAUGAAUAGAACAAGUCUGGAAUCCUCUAACAAGUGGGUUAGACAGAAAUAGACUGCAUGUCAUUUUUCUGUGUGUCGCCCUCAGAUGACCUCUGUGGUAAAUCAGCACUUUGUAAAUAAACGGAACUAACCGAAUGAUCGAUGUUCUGCUCCACAUCUCCGUCCUUGUGUUUUAAUAGAGAAAUCAAAACAUUACUGUUAUCAUUUCCAUCCUAAAGUUUGCUUAGUUGUUGUGAUAAGCAGUAGGUCAGCUCAUUUGUGUUUGUUUCCUUUGCUUUUAGGAGAUUUGAAUGUUUCCCAGCUGCCACACUUGACUUGACUUGACUGCUUGGUUUUAAAAUAAUAACUCAGUCAGUUUUGAGAAUCAGGUUUAGUGUUUCAGCAAUUCAGAAAACCUGUAAUGGCCACAUUUACUAAACAAAGACCACAAGUGUUUAAGGAUACUAAAUAAAACAACAUAGUCAAGUGGCUGCCCUCUGUAGACAUAGGGGGUACCGUCAAAUGACUGCUCUCUGGGAGUGUUAACAACGGAUGGCCAUUAGGGUCAAAAAUCCCUGGGAGAAAAGCACAAUUUUUGAAUCAGUACUUUGUCAGAUUGUUCACAGGGCUGCAAACUCUCACGCACUGAGCGUGAAACACACGUUUGACCCUCUGCACAUGCCACACCUCCAAUAUGUCACUUUGAGCAAUCAAUACCCCUCCCCUCUGCUCCGUCGGUGGGCAGACGGUCCAUGCCCACCCCAACCCUCCGCUCUCACGAGCUGGAAUGUUCAAAAGUUGGCAGCUCUGCGUUCGCCUACCAGCAAAACGAAAAGCACACCGGAGUCCCUUUCAUCACAAGCAACGAGUGAAGAGGUAAAUGUGUGAAACAACAACGUUUAUGAACGCUGGCUCUGAUGCUCAAGCCACCUGAUGUGGCUCUUCUCGAUGUGGAGGAGCAGCAGAUCUACUGUGAGCGUCUCCAGGAUGAGCAAGCUUCUAACCUUACCUCCAAAACAAAGCCCAGCCCUGUAGAGAAAACUAAUUUCAGCCUUGUUUAUCUGCGACGGUGUAGAAGGGGCCCAACAUGCUAACCACACUGUAUCCAUGAUAAAGCUUCAACUCCAUCACAUCAUCAGUACCAUGCAUGAAUGAUCAUCCAGCAUUUAGCUGCAUCCUGACAAGGUUUCAGAAAGCCAGAACAAGGUCCAGUGCAUGGUGCUAUCCUAGGUAAAAAGGAUGAACAUCAAACAAAAAACAAAACCAAGAUUGACUAAAAAUGUCCUAAUUUGCCAGAGUCCUGCUGCAUUAUAUUACAUUAUGAUGGUUGUGAGACGCAUACUAUUAGGUCUGGAGAGAACCCCCCUUCUCUCCAGACCUAAUAUUAUGCCUUGUGGCCAGUUAAUCUGAUUUUUGUUUUGAUGAGGAAAAUCAAAACCUGCAUCAAGAAAUCAAGAAACGACCUCAAGAUGCAGGAAAAACAAACCUUUACUAAUCAUUUCAGGCCUGAUUCAAGAUGAGUUACUUUUGUGAUUAGUUCAGUUGUUUCUUUUUAAAACAUUACGACCAAGCGGAAAACAACCGCUUUUGUUGAAGCCUGUUUCCCGUUACAUAUUGUUUGUAUACUUACUGUAAAGAAAGUUCUGUAAAGUUCUUUGCUCGUCAAGUCCCAUCUCUCCCAAUUGCUGGUUGGUUCUUUUGUUCCUUUUGCCUAGCUUUUCCAUUUUCGGAUUGGAUUUUUUUUUGUGUCAAUUGUUGUUUCGCUUUUUAUUUAAUGGGCGAGAAAAAAUUUGCCAAACAGCUAAGUCGCGAAGGGUGAACUGUCGAGGGAUUACUGUAAUACGAACGCUCCAAACAUCCUUUCUUGUCAAACAAUUUCUCCCUGGUGAUACGUUUUAAAUACGUUGUGCAUAUGAAGCCCAUAUUUAUUGACUUUAUUGUCUUCACUCUAUCGCUGCCACCCAAGUUUGACCCAGUUGCAGCAGCAGGGAGGUGGGAAGCAUAAGUAUGUGACAUCAGUACAUUAUCUUGUUGUUGUUACGUUUACACAAACGAUGCCUGUUAGGAAAAUAACUCAAAUAUAAAACCAGUUACACCUUUUGUUGCAACCAUGUCGCCACCUCUUCAUACACAUUACACUGCCGAAGGUGCAAAUACAAAUAAUUUACGAGCCAUUACUGCUUACUGACAUUUAGAAAAAGACACAGGACAUUCCCCAGUCAGAUCUUGUGCUGCAGGGUCUAUGUCAUGAGGGAAGUGUUGAUGUGGCACACAUUGCAUUAUUUCUGCUUGAAAGAAUACUACACUUACUGACUAGCAAGGGCAGUGAGGGUGUGAAUGAGUCUGUCGUUGCACGUCUGAAGCUUGUUGCUCUGGAAUCAUACCACUCUCUUACAUAAAUGCAUGCUUACAUUCACUUGAGCACCUAAACAGGUACAGGCCAGUGGCGUGAAGCAAAUUCGACGUGAAGCAAAUGCGACGGGUGGUUCCUUUGACCUGAUUUCCUACGAUGAGAAGUACUCGAGCAUCCAGACGUUUUACAAACACACACACACCCUGCUCUUUCAUUCCCUUUUAAGCUCACUUUGUUGCUCCUCUGCUUUCACUAUCACAGAGCAAACCUCACUGGCGCCCCGUGCUCACUUUUGACAUCAGUGGUUAAAUAAUGGCUUUUGAAUUUCUCAGAUGACGGGGGCCAGAAUCUAACGGAGCGGUGGGGUUUAGUGGCGAAUUAUGAAUCAACUCAUGACAAGGUUUUGCAAAUCUCUUGAAACAUUCGUGAAAAUGCGAAUAAACUUCAAACAAAUGCAAACAUAAGUGAGCCUUUUUGUGACUAAAUUGCAUCAAAAACUUUGCACAUCAGUUGCAUGGUUGCUGCAAUUUGCUCAUAAUUACAUUAUAUUCCCCUGAACCCGGCUGGAUAUAAAACCUCUUGUAAACGUGUCAUGAGCACCAAUACUGUACAUCUAAACAUUGACCAGCAGUCGGUGAGAUCCAAUUACCAAAAUGUGUGUCCUUCUUUAGUCAUACUUUGAGCUCAUCUAUCUCUCUUCUCACCUUUUCUCUUUUUGAAACUAACAUUCUAACCUUUAUUCUGCAAGCCUUUCUUAAUGCAGAGAACAUAUUCAUGAAUGCAAAUCAAAUCAGCCCUAAAGCAACGAGUCACAGAGGUUUUCCUAUAGAGAUACUAGCAGAGCAAGCACAUAAUUCUCAUUACAUCAUGCUGCGUGUGUAACGUAUGGGUGAGCAGCCCUCCAUUCGAGUAAACCAACACUUAUCUUUACUUAAUUUGGGGCUGAGCACCUAACCUGUCAUCUCACCAAAAGCCGCACUGCAGCAGCUUCUGCUUUCUCUGUUUGUAGCUGUCCUUCUGUCAAAUGUAAUGCUCUUCUCGUCUCAUCUCUUGCAUCUGCUUGCUUAUUUUUUCCUUUUCUUCUUGCUCCCCCUACUGUAUUUGCCUUUCUUCAAUUUCCAGUCCUUUCAUCUAUCCGCAAAUCCUCUUCAACGCCGUCUAUGACUCUUAUAUUCACAAUAUUAUGAAGGGCAAUUAUCCCUCACAGUGACCCUUCUUAUCAGAAAAUGGAUCUUAAAGGCUUUCAUUUGCAUGCAUCUCUCAUAUCCGUGUGCUAGAGUGAAAAUGAGACUAGAAGGGGGAGUGUAAGGAGGUGAAGAGCAUUGCGUCAUGGGGGUGUGUUGAGUGAGAGGAGGGAUGAGCCGGCUGUCAGUCAGUGACGCCAGUGGAACACGUGCAUCGGCUAUGGCAGGGUAGACGCUGUGCAGAGGUUUUCUGGCUGUGGGUGAGAAGAGAGAGACAGCCGCAGCUCCUUGUUGCAGAAGGGGUUGACCAAGGGAGAGUGCUGUGCAUCUGUGGGAGAAUGUGUGUGUGUGCGUGUGUUUGGAUGGGAGUUUGGAACUGUGUGAUGUAGAGGCUGCAUGAGCUGCAACUGGAGCUGCACUGCUGCUGGUGAAUAAUGCAGACAGAGGAACAGCGUUUGGAUAGCAUGCAAGGAGCCAGAUUAAUAAUGCAUCGUGCCGGUUACGAGCUCUGCAUUAGUUAGUUUGUCUGGGACCUGUAGCUGCCUACUGCCUGCCUGACUUACUGACAUCCCGCCUACCUUCCUGCCUGCCUGGCGGACUGUCUGACCUAUCCAGAAAAUGUCUUACUACCAUUUCAUCAAAUGCUGUUGUUUUCAACUAUGUAACGUUUUCCGUCAGAACAUGGAGAUAGACCAGUGUCUGCUGGAGUCUCUACCGAUCGGCCAGCGCCAGAGGCUGGUCAGAAGGAUGCGUUGUGACCAAAUUAGGGCGUACUAUGAGAGGGAAAAGAACCUUCAGCGCCAGCAAAGUGGUGUCAAAGUUCGAGCCCCAUCCAUCCAUGGCAGGAAGAACAGGAUUUGCUUCGGGCUCACCGACGUUAUACAAGAUGCCAUUAUUCGCCAUGACGACAAAGAAGUGUUGCAUCUCCUGAAGGAAGGAGUGGACCUCAACACCCAAACGUCCUCAGGGGGAUCCUUGCUGCAUCUAUGUGCUCGCCAUGACAACGUGUUUGCAGCAGAGCUUCUGAUCGAGCGAGGCCUGAAUGUCAACCUGCAGGAUGAAGACAUGUGGACAGCUCUGCAUGUUGCAUGUGUGUGUGACCAUGCAGACAUGGUGCUGUUGCUGUUGCUGAGCGGAGUGAACGUUCUACUGCAGGACAUCAAUGGAAAAAUUCCUCUUGACUACUCCUCUGAGGGAACAGAGACAAGCUACAUUCUCCGAAAACACCUUGAAGAAAACGGCGUAGAUUUAGCUUCCAUACACACCAUGAAAACACAGAGAGCCUCCACAAUGUUGUCAGAUGUGAAACAGCUUGUAGCGUCAGGCGAAAGCCUCAACCAGACCAAUGAUGAUGGAGUUACUCUGCUCCACAUCGCUUGUGCCAGUGGUUACAGAGAGGUGGUGUUUGUGUUACUGGAGAAUGAAGUGAACCCUCAUCCAGCUGACAACAACUUUUGGACUCCACUCCAUUUGGCAUCCAAAUAUGGACAGACCAGCAUCGCUAGCAAGCUCCUAAAGCAUGGAGCAAACCCGACUUUACUGAACUGCUAUCAAGACAAGCCAUCUGACAUUGCAGCAUCAGAGUCCAUUGCAGAAAUGCUGGUCAAUGCAGAAGAGAGCUGGCUGCAGAGGCUGAAGGACCCCUCCACUCCUCUACCUACAACUGAGCAAUGCUAUGAUGGCGGCUCUCAUGACAUCAGCACUCCUCUUAAAAGCCUGAACCCCUUGGGUCUUUCAAUCUCUAAGAGGGACAGUUUUCUGGAGAAGUGUGCCAUGUUCAGAGAGGCAGGAGGAGGGCUGAGCCGACAGCCCUCUCAGGAUAAUGACCUAGAUGGCCCUUCGAGCCCCGGACCCAGCAAACUGGAGCAGGUCAAGCUGAUGCCUCCAGCUCCUAACGAUGACCUUGCAUCCCUCAGCGAGUUGACUGACAGCAGCCUACUUUAUGAGAUGCAGAAACGCUUUGGAAAUGACCAAAUCUAUACGUACAUCGGACACAUCCUUCUACUGGUCAACCCAAACAAAGAGCUGCCCAUCUAUUCCACAUUGGUGAGUCAGUUGUACCAGAGCUCCACCGGUCGUCUCUGCUCUUCUCUGCCUCCUCACAUCUUCUCUUCAGCUGAGAGAGCAUACCACAUGAUGCAGCAGGAGAGACGGCCGCAGUGUUUUAUCUUGAGUGGUGAGAGUGGUUCUGGGAAAACCGAGGCAUGUAAGCACAUAGUGAGACACUUGACAGCCCGCUCCAGCCCCAAAGGCUUCGGGUUAGAGGCUCGAAUGAAGCACGUAAACCACAUUCUAGAAGCCUUUGGUCAUGCAAAGACACCAAGGAACAGCAACUCAAGCCGCUUCAUCAAGCUGUUAACCAUCCAGUACUGUAAAGAGAGGCGGGUGAUGCUGAGAGCCCGUGUUUACACCUACAUGUUGGAGAAGUCUCGUCUGGUCCAUCUGCCUCCUCAGCAACACAGUUUCAGCAUCUUCUACUUGAUGGCUGAGGGCCUUUUGCCAGAGGAAAAGAGUGCACUUUACCUUAAUAACGUCCUGGCACACAGGUAUCUUAGUGGAGGAAUUCCAGGGGAGAGUCCUCCAGUAGACACAGCAUCUGUCCAGAGUAGAGAACAUCUGGCUGCAGUCAAACAAGCCCUGCGGGCUCUGGGAUUCAACAAGCAGGAGGUUGACUCUGUGUUUACGCUGCUUUCUGCCGUGCUCCAUAUUGGGGACUUACGUUUCACCGCACUGACGGACGCCAACGCAGCCUUCCCUUCUGACCUGCAGCUGCUGGAGAAAGUUGCUGCAUUGUUGCAGGUGUCCCCAAAUGACCUAAGCACCGCGCUCACCUCGGAUGUUCAGUAUAUCAAAGGCGACGCGAUCACUCGUCAUCACACAGUAGAGAUGUCGGAGCAGUACAGAGACCAGCUGGCUAAAGCCAUCUACGGACGCACCUUCAGCUACCUGGUCAACGGUAUCAACGACUACCUUCAGGGACCAGAUGAGAACAUCGGUGAUCCGGCCAUGGAAAUUGGUAUCCUGGACCUAUUUGGUUUUGAAGAAUUUCAGAAGAAUGAAUUUGAGCAGCUGUGCGUGAACAUGACCAAUGAACAGCUGAGGCGGUACGUCUCCGAGGUGCUUUUCCAGCAAGAGCAGGCCGAGUGUCUGCAGGAGGGCAUCGCCAUGGAGACGACCUACUCACCCAACAGCCACACGGUUUUGGACUACUUUCUUCAGCCUCAGGGACUGCUGUGUGUAUUAGAUGAAGAGAGCCAGAGCUUGCGGCCCAUGGAGCAGACCCUUUAUAAGAGGCUGUUCACCCAGCUGGACUCAGGUCCCAUUCAGGGACUCUCUCUCACCACCAAGGAUGGAAAUGGCAACCCCCCACCCAAAGACCAAGGCCCGGCGUUCACUGUCAGCCACUACGCAGGAAAGGUUUCGUAUGACUUCACAGGAUCUGUUACAAAAAACAAGGACUCAGUUUCUCAGAAUGUGCUGCUCACAAUGAAGUCCAGUGAAAGUGUCCUACUGCAGCAGCUCUUCCAGUCCAAGCUGACUCAGACUGGUUCUUUGGUGCCAGCAGCCCAGGGCCGCGUUGGACUUAGAGGGACCAAAGCUGUCUUGUUGCUCCAAAGGAUGCCAUCAGCAUCCUCUGUCAAUGCCACUUCUGUCCCCCAACAGCCUCGGAGAUACCAUGACCUCACUAAGAUGUUGAAGAAAAAAGGCUCGAGUUCUUUCCUGCAGCGUCUGGAGCGUUGUGGGCCCAUCACGGUGGCUGUCCAGCUGAAGAACUCUCUGUCCGAGAUGAUGACUAAACUUCAGAGCUGCACCCCUCACUUUGUGGAGUGUGUGCGCCCCAACUCCUGCGGUCAGCCUGAUAGCUUCAGCAGCUUCCACGUGUCCACACAGCUGCAGAACAUCGGAGUGCUUGAGAUGGUGCGAGUGAUCCGUCAUGGAUACCCCAUCCGGUUGUCCUUCUCAGACUUCCUUAACAGAUAUAAAGACCUCGUAAUCCCAACUUUGGGAGUCAAAAAGAAAUUGUCAACAGAGGAGAAGUGCCGCAUGGUUCUGCAGCAGUCAAAACUCCAAGGAUGGCAGAUGGGCACCAGCAAAGUGUUUCUGAGAUACUGGCAGGCUGACCAGCUCAACGACCGAUGCUACCAGCUCCUUAAAAAGAUUAUCACUUGUCAAAAAGUGGUUCGUGGUUGGCUGGCCAGACAACGGGUCAGUCAUAGGCUGUUGCUACAUCACAAAGAGGAGUGCAAUGUGGAACGUUUCCUACAGGGAGCUGAAGACGUGGGGCUUCGAACCUAUGACCAGCUGGUUAUCCAAAAUGCUUCUGACAUUGCACGGGAGAGCGACCGCCUGCGGGGCCACGGCCCACUAAACACCGUCAGCAACAGCCCACCUCUCGGUGAGAGGCCAGAACCAGUGGGCAAGGAGGAGGAUCAGCCAGUCAGGAGGAUGGUGGAAAAAGGUGGAAAACUCCAUGAGGGUCCAGUCAGUGGGGGCAGUCGAGUCAUCCGCCAUUUUCGUUCCAGUUCUGUGCCCAUACCUCUUGCUGUGGACAACAUGGUCCACUUCUGCGCUAGUCCACCUGUCAAACCACCCUUGCCACAGGUAUCCCAAACCAAUCAGGAUGGUGUCGGUGGUGGAAGUCUUUCCUCUCCAAGGAAGCAACCUCCUCCUAAACCAAAGAGGGAUCCCAGCACCCGUCUGAGUGCAUCUUAUGAAGCAGUUAGUGCAGGGUUGACAAUGGCUGCCAAAGAGAGCUCUACUCCUGAGGGCUGUGAUUCACCUGCUGGAAGUCCCCCUAAAUCCCAGCUGUCUCCCAGUGACCCAGCAGCUUCAACCAAGCCUCGUCCUCACAGUGAUGAUUACACAACCACGAGAAAGGUACCACCCCCGAAACCGAAGCGCAGCCCCAACACUAAGCUUUCGGGCUCGUAUGAGGAGAUUAACGCUGUAGCACCCCAUCUCCACCAGCUGCGCCCUGCUGAUGUAAAGCUAGCCCUGCUUUCCCGUGGUGGAGGAUUUGGAGGCUUGUUGCACAGAGCGGCCUCUAUAGAUGCUCCACAAGGGGUAGCACUAAGCCUAUUCAAGGGCCAUGAUGAAGAGGAUGUAUACAUAGAGAUGUUGGGGUCCCAGCCUCGGGCUCGGAGCCUCCAGGAGCCCCCUGAUAGCCCAGAUCAAAUAGACUCAGAAGCUGUCUAUGAGGAGAUGAAAUAUCUUCCUCCUGAAGAAGGUGGAACUCCUCCUUCUGCGUUAACCAAGGCAGCCAAACUCCAGGCCCUAACCUUGGGCCUGGUGGGAUUUGGGGUGUCUCCACCACAAAGCGGAGAAAGCAAACAAGCAUCCGUUGGAGUUAUUACUGCUAUGGAUAUCAUUCACUCUCAGAACAGUGGAGCCCCCAAAGCCCAGCAAGGCAAAGACAUCCCUACUCCCUUUCCCAAUCUGCUCCCUCAUCGUCCACCCCUCCUGGUAUUUCCACCCUCUCCUGUCACCUGUUCUCCUGCUUCUGAUGAGUCACCCCUAACCCCGCUGGAGGUCAAGAAACUACCAGUAUUUGAGACAAAUCUGAACUACGCCACUGGCCCAGACAGCCCCUUGUCCCCGCAGUUUUCUCGCCAAAGGGCCGACUCCUCGCCUAGUCUGACGGUUCUUGCGCCAGAAAAAAAAUCCACACCUCCGCUGACACCUCCACCUCCACCCCCUCCCCCAAGCGCCCCGCCUCCUCCCUACAGACCCCCCUCGCACUUCCCCUUCCCACCUGAGGUCAGCUUCCUGACUCUGACUCGAGCAGCAUCUGUCACUGGGGGCUCAGAUUCCCCCAAAACAUCCUCACAGAGGGCAGGUGGGGAACCAGUGGGGAAGCCUCCACCCUACUCACCUGCGAAGAUGUCCCGUCCGGAGCCGCAAAGAGCACACUCAUGCUCAUCAUCUCCGCUGCUUUUCAACCCAGCCAACGGCAGACCCCUGACCAGCCCUCUGGAUGAACUCAACACCCUGUUCAGCUCUGGACGCAGCCUGCUGAGGAAGUCAACAUCUGGCCGCAAGAUGAGAGAUGGAGGAUUCAAUUCCAAUAUCAAUCUGCCAGGGAGGGAGGAUUGUGGCUCUGCGCCCACAUCACCAUCUCUGCAGCUGCAAGACAAGAACGCCAACAACCACUCUCUCCACUCCCCGAGCCCUGUCCCGGUAGAGAACGGCAACCAGAUCUCCAACGGGUCACUGGAGGAUGAAGGUCACAUCAAGUCAAAUUCUAGCAGCUCCUCCCUGCACAGACAUUUGGACAGCCAUCACACACAGGUGUUUCAGCAACUACGUCUGUCCAACCGAGACGAGAGUGCCGCCCUCAGGGAGCUUCUGCGCUGGCGACAAGUGCAGUGUGAGGGGCGGGGCGAAUAUAAACCCCGCUCACCUCACUCCGCACCCUUGCCCCCCACUCUGCUCUGGACCAACAGGAAGGCCUCUCCAUGACAAAGUCUCUGUGAUCCCCACACAUCCACAAGCUACUUUCUCAAUGAUUUUUUGUUAUUUUUUCUUUUUUGUUUACAACACGUGGGCCAACAAGCCUCGAAGCCCAAAGGCUGCACUGAAGCGCGAAAGCGUGGCCUCUGGGCCGGGAGUCCUGCCUUUUUGUCUUUGCACUUAACUGUGGAAGAUACCCAAAUCAAUACAUUGAAACUUAAAUGUGUACAGAGUGACACUUUUAAAUCAAGAAUGCAUGGUGAAAUAUUUUAUUAACAAACUGAGGCAUAUCAAAAGAUGAUCUAUUAUAUUUAUUUGUAGUUUGUUUGAGAAAACAAAUAUAUGAUGUCCGUUUAUAGGAAGCUGAAUCUACAAGCUAAUCAGCAACAUCUUCGGCGUGGUCAGUUGUGAACGGGCCUGCUACCUGCAUCCAGGCUAAUCACCAUUAACCACCGCAUGGAGAUGAGUUUCCUCCUCACAACAUGGUGCUGAUCAUACUUGAUGUACUGUGGACUUAUAAAGUUUACAAGCUGACAAACGCCUUUAUGAACCUCAAGGUUUUGAGCAUCAGUGAGGCUGGCUUGAGCAUGUUUGGGCCCUAAGUGCUACUGAAGCCAUGGCAACGAGGGGUCAGGAUAACCUCAGUAUCCCAGGGUGCAUUUCUCUUCCUCCUUGUUACCAGCCUUUGAGAAAAACAAAACCUCUGGCCAAAUUCCAAGCCACUGCACUUAUCGUUAUCGGAAAAAGGGAAUCUAACAAGAACGCCCAAAGGGGUUCAAGGUGCAAAUGCAAAGCUGAACUGACAAAGCUUUAACAAGAAGGUGCGUAGUUCAUGUUGUGAACACGGGACUGUGCCAAAGGGAUGCAUGUGAAAACUACGGUUAAAGUUUAGUUAUCACAACUAAUGUACAUGAUAGUGUGUCUGCAAAUCAUCAAUGUAUAUAGUGACAUAAAUGAACAAAUCAAAACUGGUAUUUCAGUUUGGUGGCGGUCUCUGUGGGAUGAUGAGAAAUACAUGAUGUAAAUAAGAAAAAACAAAACAGUCUACAUUCCUAAAGUAGCAACGAAACGCUCAUAGUGUCAACACAUGGGCGUUGUUGGGUCUGGACAUCGAAGGCUGAAGCCCUAAAUUUUUUCUCAAAUGCCACAAAGUAAAAUUAAAAGCAGUUCAAUCAGAAGUAAAAUAAUUAGAACAGCAAUUGUGGGAAGUCAGAAAAGAAUAGGAGGCUUUCUCCAGGUGAGGGAAGAGGUCCUGCCUCAAAUGUAAGAGUUUAAGCAUCUCUGGGUCUCGUUCAUGAGGAGGGAAAGAUGGAAGGUGAGAUCAACAGGCAGAUUGGUGCUGCGUCUGCAGUGGUGUGGUGAAGAGGGAGCUGAGCUGGAAGGCGAAGCUCUCAUUUACUGGUUGAUCUACGUUCCUACCCUAACCUAUGGUCACGAGCUUUGGGUAGUGACCGAAAGAACAAGAUCAUGGAUACAAGAGGCCAAAAUGAGUUUUCUUCAGAGGGUGUCUCGGCUCUCCAUUAGCAACAGGGUGAGAAGCUCUGUCAUCUGGGAGGAGCUUGGAGUAGAUCUGCUUCUCCUCCACAUAAAGAGAAGCCAGUUGAGUUGGUUCAGACAUCUAGUUAGGAUACCUCCUGGAUGCCCAGGACAUGCUGUAGGGACUACGUCUCUCGGCUGGCCAGGGAAAAUCUGGGCCUCCCUGCUUAGGCUACUUCCCCCGUGACCCAACUCCGAAAGAGCGGGAUGGCAAUUGUCUGGAAACCCUGAUUCCACUACUUUACUAUCUUAAAAUGACCAAGUUAUUUUUCUGUGGAGAAAUCUGUAUUUACUUAAGGUGACACGUUAUCUCAGGAAAACAAAUGUUUUCUCAUGCGACGACAACAAGUUAUCCCUAAGUUCUUCAAGCGGUAUCUAUAUUGGGAUGCUUGUGAAUUAUCUGUAAAUGUUUACUGAAUGUUUCAUCAUUUCUAGCCUGAAUCAGCACGACUGCCUGUUAAGGAAGGGAUACUUUUUGUCUUAUCGAGAUUUGAAGAAUAACAUCUGGUUAUCACAAGUGAAACAAACUUUUUCCAGUUCUAAAUAACUGAACAAAUUAACGAGCUAUCACAAGAAAAGAGGCUAUUAUAUCUCAUCAUAAUGAGAUAGCCAGAUGGUCACUUUAAAGAAUGAGAUAAAUAACUCAUCUUGGAAUAGUUUGAUGAAACUGAUCGCUUAGGCAUGGCUUCAUGUGGCUUAAAAACAGCUCAUGUUUUAGUUUUAGCCUGAUUUCAUUUUGAUUCCUUCAUAAUUUGCAUUUUAGGCACAGAUGAAAAACACUCAAGUGUCAGAUCAGAUGACGAGUGCAACAGAGCACGUAAAAAUCUACACGGGUCUAGAGGAAAGGUAUUAAAUAAGGAACAUUCUUUAUUUAUUAGUAUUUUUUGCAGUUUGUCACAAAAUAAGAGUAAAAAGUUUGAGAUGAGUGUCACAUUGAACAGUUUAACCUCUGCUCCAAGUCUGUUUUACUGCUGCUGCCAGCAAAAAAUAAAAAUAAAAAGACAAAUUUGGACAAAAACAGCUUAGAGGGCACUUUUUUCUCCACAUUCCAAAAAUCAGUCUAUGCAAAUAAUACUCCACUUCUCAGAUUUACCUCUAAAAUAGUUUAAAAUCCAUUUAACUGUUGUAAAAAAAAAAUAGGAAUCCUUGUUUCAAGCACGGCUGAGCCUUUCAUGUUUCAAGAGCCUGACAUUGCCCAUGUAUGUUAAUAUGUUUGUGUGUUUAGAGGAGCACACACACACACACCAGAGUAUUGUAGUUCUUGAACUGUGGACGUAUGCUCCAUUCACCUCACCCUUCCCCUCAUUUGACCCCAACAAACAGACCUUCCUUCCCACUUGACCCCACCCUACUGCUGCAGUGGAUAAGACCGGCUUUACGGGUGUUUCCAUAGUAAUGUCCUUGUAAAUACUGUUUUAGGCCCCCGUUUUUAUUAUAUCAGAAGGACAGAGAUUGAAAUGAAAGAUGAAGAAAAAGGGAACAGUGUGGUAACGGUUUGUGAUGAUGAUAAGAAUGUUUUGGGUUUGAUGCAAUGAUAAAAAGGUUUAUUUUAAAAUGUAAAUAUCUUCUUUUUUUUAAGAAUAAAUGUUUAUGCCUAGCAAACUGUUGAAACUAUUUAUUACUUCCCAUCUGGAUGUGAGCCAGGCGUGAUAAAUGUAAAUGGUUGUAGUUUGCACGUUUGUUGACCUCUGUAAUGAGCUGGGUGUGUCGCGACGAACAGUUUGAUUUUUGAAGAUCAGACCCGAAUGGAUUACAAUCGCAAGUAUCAAUAGCUCUAAUUGAUUUCUCAUUGCCACUGAUCACCCACAACAUGUCCGAUUGAUUCAGUCUUACAAAUUAGCAGCGCCGCCACCGAAUGAUCAUUCUCACCAUGUCUUUGUGGACUAAGGUGCACAUACAGGAGGAAUCAGAGCAAACCACUCACAUUUGGACUGAAUGUAUAAAUGAAAAUGUUUAUCCUUUCAUACUUUUAAUACCCCUGUACACAACUGACUCUGUUUAAAGCUUUUGUAACCUGCACUUGGUUCUAAAAUGACUGCUUAAUGUGAAUCACGUCUUCAGAAAUUAUGCAGUUUAUUUAUAAAGCAAGUUGAUAAUGUUUAGAGGCUUGAUUUGCUCCAAGAUUAACGUCUUAUGUAAUGAGAUCAGUACUGCAUGAGAGAUUUUAAUGCAUUUAUGAGCAAGGUGUACCUUGUACCAUGUCACAGCCAAUGAAAAACCAAUGUAACACGACAUUUGGCAUUAAUUAGUGAGCAGUUUUGUGUUGGAGGACGAGUUAGUGCUUCUACCUUGCAUGUUUCAGCCACACCGUGAGUCACUACACCAUCCCUCCUGGUGUAUGAUUGUCCACCUUUAACUGCUCGCUGACGUAGCUUCACUACAACACGGAAACCUUGGAGAAUUUGUUCAGUUUUAUUCUCAACCCAUGGUGAAUCUUUGUGAUCAGCAUUCUGGUGCUACAGCCAGUGUCUAACGGCCAUUCUCUCUCCCCGUUUUGAGUUUUUUGAAAAGAGAUUAUUUCUGAGCCUAGAAAAAGAGGUUUCUCACUGCCUUUUAUAGUGUUAGAUAUGUUUUAUUUCAUGUAAUAUGUUUUUCUUUUAAAAAUUUUUAUUCAUAGAUUUUUUUUUUACUGAAACAUGUUUUGUACAUUCAUAUCUUUAAUUUGCAUGUCAUCACUGUCAAGCAAAAACCUUGUAUCUAAAAAAAAUAUAUAUAUAUAACUUUUCAGGAAAUCCUUCCUAUAAAAUAAACAGACUCAGCAUGGUCAAAAGUCAAAAGCUCUUUUUCACACCUUUCAUCAAAACGUCAUGAAUAAAUCUACUAAUUGAUGUGAAAGAUGACAGUAGAACCAACAUAUGUAAAAAGAUGAAAAUCAUGGGAAAAAAAGCGAUAGGGGGUUUGAGCCCGACAGCGACGAUAUGUAUGUGUUUGUGUAAAGCAAAAGAAGAUUGUGGUAUUUCAUAAUAAUUAUGAUCCCAAUGUUUUCUAUUACUGUUCCUGUACAGCAAUAAAGCACAACUGUGUCAA